GUUGUGGGGCUGUGUGUGUGGGGUUGCCGCGUUUGCGCCUCCCUCACUCCCUCUUCUUCUUCCUCUUCCUCCAUUCCUUUCUGCUGCUGCAUUUGCAUCGGGGGCGUGGAAUCCUUGAUCCUCUCCUGCGUCGUUUUCAUGGCCUCUGCCUUGGCACCCCCGUGUGCCGUCGCCCCUUUGCGGUGCAGGAAGCUUAAUUGUGUCUACUCUUCAGGGAAACCCCACUCCUCCUCUUCUGCUUCCUCAAUUGCGCCUUUCAGCGUACUUCGCAACGCUCCGCUGUUUGCCCGCGUGGAGAUUGUUAGAGGAAACGGGAAGAGAAACAUGGUAGUACAAGCGCAAGCAGGGUUCCUGAAGCUUCUUGAUGGUCAUGCUCUGAAUUUAGACAGGUCCGAUGAAUAUCGUAUUGGAGCAAGAAAAACGAUUCUUACAGCGAGUUAUAAAUUUCCCAGAAAUGACUCUCCUAUGUCAGUUCAGUUGGAAAGACGAGAUGUACAAGCAAGAAGUCUGUGGGAUUCCAUUAGAUCAGGUUUUGGAUUGAACAAUAGUCCAACGGCAGUAAUCGACACCACAGAGAUUGGAUUUAAGGAGGACGUGGAAUUGGAAGACGAACGGGAGGUUGUGUUGGUGGAGAAAGUCCACGACGAUGGAACUGUUGAGAAGAUCGUUUUUGCGUCAGGUGUGGAGGUCGAUGUGUAUGAACUUGAGAUUCUAUGUGACAAGGUUGGAUGGCCAAAGAGACCGCCUUCAAAGGUUGCAGCAGCCUUAAGGAACAGCUAUAUGGUAGCUUCCCUUCACUUGUACAAACAAGUCCCAUCUACAGGAACAGAUGGUGAAGAUCCCGUUGUAGAGAAGCGAGAACUUAUUGGCAUGGCCCGGGCUACAUCUGACCACGCCUUCAAUGCUACCAUUUGGGACGUGCUUGUAGAUCCAUUAUAUCAGGGGCAAGGCUUAGGUAAGGCUUUAGUGGAGCAGAUGAUCCGGGCUUUGUUAAGAAGGGAUAUCGGCAACAUCACACUCUUCGCCGACGCACAAGUGGUGGACUUCUAUAAGGGACUUGGCUUUGAAGCAGAUCCUGACGGUAUCAAGGGUAUGUUUUGGUACCCACGGUACUGAUGCAGUCAGCAGCAUCAUGUAGAAACAUUUGAAUAGCACGAUGCAGCUCUAGAGCAGGCAAGAAAGCUGAGCCUAGUUCAAGAGCCAACAAAUUGUUUCAUAUGUACAUUUUAAUCCAAUAUGGAUAACUCAUUCUUAACUCAUAGCCUCAUGGUUCACGCAGAGUUGGCAUGGGUUUUAGAAAGCUUCAAAUGAAA